GUCAUUUCCUUCACAACCACACGACGCGUUGCUGUUGCUCUGGAGAGCACCUGCUGUUYUUUUGAUAGCGUUUGCCAAGUAGUUGUAGCGUCUCUACUACAUUAAACUUUGACAAAGAAAGCAAGAACAGGGGAAACAAUGGCGAAUGCCCAUCGCGCCAACGUCCUGGUUACCUCCUGUUUGAAAACGCCGGUAGACCCACAUACCAAGGCUCCGUUGGCGUUGUAUGAAAGGCAGCGAGCCCUUCCAUGUUCGUCAGCAGCUGGUCGUAUUGACAAUCGAGACUACGAAAAAGAGCUGCAGUAUGACGACUCUGGGUCUGAGUGCGGUGAUGGGGAUGCCCCCGGGAAGGGCAGCCCCCUGAUUAUCAAAGACUACCGAGUGACGGGGGAUCACAUCGACCUGCGUGAGUUCUACUUCUCCAACGAGGAGUACUAUCGUAAGCUGGAGGAGCUGAAGAGGGCCCACCUCCGCACCAUGGCCGAGCUAGAGGGCAUGUACCGCAAGAAGCUGGAGCUCAAAGGCACACCACCCUCAGAAAAUAUGCAGCGGCCACAGGCACACAGRUCGUUCUUGAAGAUCAGCCCCAUGCCCGUGAGGAGUCUGAGGAAGGCCCACUCUGCUCUGGAGCUGAGGAGGGGCUCUGGGCUGUCGGACACAUCUGACGAGGAAGGUACUGUCGACAACAAUGUGGAGAAGGGUCUGCAGUCCUCCCCCAAAGAGCACAUCAAGAACAUGUGGCAGGACUUCAAGCUGUCGCCUCGCAAGUGCCACCCGUCCACAUCCUCCCACCAGAGCCUCAUUGGGGGCCACAAGAACGGCAUCAAGGGUAAGGACCGGAAGCAAGGGCGAAAAGAUGUCGAACAUGAGCCUUGGAAACCCAGAGUGACCRUCCCCAAGCCGUUCCACAUGACGCUGCGGGAGAACCAGAAGCACCAGAAAGGUGUCAAGACACGGUCAGAGAUCGAGCUGGAGAACACGGCCCUACGGAAGCAGCUGGAGGAGCUGACAGAAUGCCAGCGCAAGUUCCGUGCCAGCUCCGUACCCGCCCACGUGCGCCUGCCCCUGUAUGAGGAGCUCCAAGAACGCGACGAGGCACGGCGGGCCAUGCGUGAGCGAGAGCAGCAGCAUCUGUGCUCCACCCAGCAGCCCUUCAGUUUCCUGGAGCGCGAAYGUCUCAAGAGGGAGCAGAGAGAGGAGCAGCUCCGCAACCUCCAGCCAGACAGCAAGGAGAGAGUCCGACCAUUCAGGGCCAAGCCCGUGCCCAAGGCGGUGUACGAGGCGGCGUCGGGCGAGCAACUGAAGGAGGAGCAGCUGUACCGCGCCAUCAAGAUGCAGAUGAGGGCCCAGGAGCUGCUCCACAGCGCCUCCAUGCCACCCAGCAUGCUAGCACGCCACCUUAGUGAAAGGAAGUGGGCCAAGGAUGAAGCCAGGGGGGACACCGCUGGAUCUGAGGAUGACAACAGUGCCUCUUACAGGCCUAAGAUAAAUACAGAGGUGCCCGACUUCGACGCCAGCUACAGGAGGUUCAUGAAGCAGCUGGAGAGCCGGCGCGACGUGAARCCUUUGACGACGUGCGAGCCGUUCCAGCUCCGGACGUCACAGAUCCCCUCGCACCGCGAACGCAUCCUGGCCGACAUCGAGAAGGAGCAGAUGAGUCCGCGGGCCAAGCGCUGGCCUUACAUCAGCAUAACUGGGCACGUCCGUUCACACAACUCUAGCCUCUGCUCCUCCCUCUCAGGCAGUCUGGAACAGCUGCCUGCCAAAGUCACCGAUGCCAGCAAAAAACGGCAAGAGGCCGUGAGGUACUACCCACAUAGAAUAGCAAGGGGCGUCUCCUUUUUAGACGAGCUAGUGAGCGCUUCAGAAUUUAGUUGCUCUUUUUAGGAAUAGUUAUGSCCUGA